UGCCAGAGGAGAUGUGCGUGAUGCCGAGUGCUUGCGCUCUCUGCCUAAUCAGCCUGUUCGCCGUCUCUGCGGCUUGUUACAUCUCAAACUGUCCCAUCGGAGGGAAAAGGGAAGCGAUUGACUACAAGAGGUGUCUCUCUUGUGGGCCUGGUGGUCGAGGGCACUGCUUUGGCCCCAGUAUCUGCUGUGGUGAAGAACUGGGCUGUUACAUUGGCACCUCUGAAACACUGAUUUGUCAAGAAGAAAAUUAUUUGCCUAUUCCAUGUGAAUCUGUAGGAAAGACAUGUUGGUUCGAAGAGGAGGAGGGACACUGUGCAGCUCCUGGUAUCUGCUGUAGUGAAGCAACCUGCCAUAUGGACUCCUCCUGCUUCGAGGAUCCAUGGCCCAGCACAGGGUCGCCUAUUGUGAUCACUGAAGAUCCACUCAGAUCAGGAAAGCUGCUCCUCAGAUUACUGAAGUUGACAGACAGACACAGACGUGGAUCUUAGAUGGUCUAGCUGCCACAUUAUCCAUCAUUUCUAUGUAAUGUGUGUUUUCAUUUUAUUUUACUCUGUUUUUAUUUUACAAACAUUCUGUGUUUAACAAUAUGAAAAAUAAUUGUGUUAACAAUAAAUUCAUGUUGGCGUUUAUGCAUUCCUGGAGGUUGUUGCAUACUGCUUUUGGGCAACAAAAUGUUUUAGUAGUAAAAAUGAUCAAAAU